AUGGUGGUGAUCGAUUUGGGGGAGUUUGCGGAGGACGGCUUCGAUCCAAAGCGAUGGAUCAACGCGGCGCUGGAGGCCCGCCACCCCCAGGAUCCCCUCGAGAGGUACAUCUCCGAUCUGGAGGAGAGUCUUCGCUCUUCUUCGGAGAACAUAGCGGACACGCUCGAGAAGGAGAGCGCCGACGCCCUCCGCCGCGUCCCUCUUGCGGUCCGCGAUGUUCUCCGUCUUCGGGACGAGGCGAUGGCCCUGCGCUCCGUUGUGUCUUCCAUCCUUCUCAAGCUCAAAAAGGUACUCUCUCCCGCGUUUUGGAUAUCAACUGUUAGAUCUCCUUGUUUAAACUUGCCGAUCCAUGCCGGCUUCCGGGAGACUUAGUUUGUAAACGAUCAUUUUGGUAGACUCCGUGUCACUAGGCGAAUGAAUUGUGGUAUCUUACAAUUGCGUCUUAAUUUCCAAUACAGGUCUUACAUUGAACUAUAGAUAAGCUAAGAAUCGUUUGGAUUCUUUCAAUCCUUUCUUGAAAUACAUGUACUUGAGUUAGAGAGUCUUAACCUAUUGGCGUUCGCUGGAAAAGUGUUAAACGUAUCCUAAUUGUACGCGGCUGGCAGGCAGGGGACGCAUCAUCAGAAUCUGUUGCAGCCUUGGCAACAAUUGAUGCAGUCAAGCGAAGAAUGGAGGCAGCAUAUGAGACUCUGCAGGUAUAAUCUACCUCGUUUCAUUUUGUUCGUCUUUAUGGAGCUUAGUUAACGUAAGCAAAUGGAAGGGCUUUUCUCCUUUAUUUUAAAGGCACUUUGCUAAUGUGGAUUGCAAUGAUAUUAAAAGGAUGCGGCUGGCCUGACACAAUUGAGUGCAACUGUUGAGGACGUAUUUGCUAGUGGAGAUCUUCCUCGGGUGGCUGAAACUCUGGCAAACAUGAGGCACUGCCUAUCAGCAGUUGGCGAGGCACGCUCAAUACCUUUCAUCAAUUUCCUAGUCAAUUUAUUUAGCGGAAUUUUUUUUAUAAGAUUAGUUCCACUUUUUUUUCAGGUAGCUGAGUUUGCUAAUGUGAGGAAGCAACUUGAAGUAUUAGAAGACAGGUUGGAAGAGAUGGUCCAGCCUCAUCUCUUAGAUGCAUUAUCUAAUAGAAAGGUAAAAUAUAUGCACAUAUUUCUUAUUCAAAUCCAUUAUUACAUGAGAAGAUUACUGGAAAGAUGGUUUUCUGUCAUCUUAAUUUUUUCAACUUCAAUUGAGUGACUUUUUUUUGUUCUGAAACUUAAACUUUUAGGUGGAUUCUGUUCAAGAUCUGCAAAGAAUUCUUCUUCGGAUUGGGAGAUGCAGAUCUCUCGAGCUGAGUUACACUCGAAUGAACAUGAAGCCAAUAAAGAAAAUAUGGGAAGAAUUUGACUCUAGGCAGAAAGCUAAUAGUCUUGGGAAUGAAAGGCAUGAUGGGGAGCGUUUAAUGAGUGAUGUUUCAUCUGUCUCAAGCCUAUCCAACUUUUCUAUCUGGUUGCCAAAGUUUUACGACGAAGUUCUUUUUUAUCUGGAGCAAGAAUGGAAAUGGUACAGUAUCAUACAUGCGUCACAGCACUCUGUUCUGCAGGUUUAAUGUGUUUCGUUAAAAAAAAUUAUAUGAUUAUGCUCUAGCUCCUCAGAUUACAAAUGUAUCCUUAACCUUAAGUUGCAUCAGUAAGUUGAUGUCUUAACUACAAAAAAUGUUUUUUUAUUUAACAUGCAUUCAAUCCUCAUUAAUGUUUUCGUUUCAUCGACUAAUUACCUUCAGUAAGUUGAUUUCAAGGAAUGGAAUUUCUUGUAACAUUUCAAUACUAGAAACUGUAAUUUAAUGCACACAGCUUCUACUUUCCUCUAAAGAACAUUGUUCGAAUAUGGAAAACAGGCAGAAAACCAGUAGUUUGUUGUUGAUGGUGUUCUUGAAAAAAAAUUGGGAAGCCAUAUUAAAAACUUUAUCUUAUCUUGAAAAUGAAUUUGUUGCAUCCAAACUGCGAAUGAAAUCCUGAAAUAAUAUUAUUAAUUUUUUCAAUGUUUACCAACUUUUGUGCAAUUCAUUACUACGUUUCAUAAUGUCAUACCUUGUGUCUCCAUAACAAUGCCUGAUUCACUGUACAUAAAAGUUUGGAAAAAUUGUUGCUUCAGAGGCUGCACCGUGAAUGUUUUGGAUGGCUGCGUCUAAUCGACAAAAGCAGUGUUUCUUAGUUUCAUUCUCUUGCAUACAAGAUGUAGGUCGAGUGCAAAAUUAUUGGGUACGAAUGUUCAAUUCUUGUGAAGACUUUGGGGCAGAUGAAGCUAGACAGCACCCUGACGUCGGAUAAAGUCACUGAAAUUACAAGGAGUUCGAUCUAUAUACUUUUUUCGACUAGUCCCAGUCUUAAGACGUCAAAAAAGUGAUGGAAAGUUUGCAGAUUUGUACCAUCCAUAUGGUUUUGAUACUCAAAACAGGAUCUGUUUUCAAGGGUCUUAGCUCAUUUGUCCAAUUGGUGAGUUAGCAGUUACCCAAAACGCCAUCUUGGUGGGAAAAUAAAGAUUGUUUACAAAGAUGUGUGCACAUUGGAAGGCGUGUGAUUCGUUCUAGUUAUCGAAAUGGAACAUUUAGAACAAGUGGCACUGGGGGGGAUCAAAUGCUUAUAAACUAUAGGCCAAUUUCUAAUGCAUUUACGUGGUGGAAUUGAGUAUUAAACUGUGCUUUAUGUAGAUAAGACCGUUUCUCUAAGUGCUUCAAAUCCGUAUUCUGCGUUUCCUAUGGCUUACUCUACUAAAUUUUGUGUCUCUGUAGUGUUGGAAGUUUUUUUAAAUAUCUUCUUGGUUUGUUAGAGCUGUCCUGAGUAGGGCAUCUAAGUCAUUCUAGGGUUUCUGCGUACACAUUGUAGAUUUAUUAUUUCUUAGUUCCUUUUUAUCCUCACUCUAAUAUUAAGUAUCGUGAGCAGGUGCACGGUUGCUUUUCCUGAUGACUAUAAGACCCUGGUUCCAAAGCUGCUGAUCGAGUCAGUAUCUUCAUUAAGUGCAAGUUUUGUUUCCCGGAUUAACAUUGCAACUGGAGAUGUUGUUCCUGAGACAAGAGCACUGCAUAAAGGUUCCAGCACCUUAAAUCCUAGUGGAAGUUGUGGAGUGACAUCUCCACAUCUUUACACAUUUUAACAGUCUGUCUCUUUAUAGCAUUUAAAUUCCCAAGUGGGUAACUAUCUUCUUAAAGAUGGCUUUACUGACGCGGUAAUUUUAUUUAAAUUCAGGUAUAUUGGAUAUCUUAUCUGGAGAUGUGCCGAAGGGUACAAAGAUUCAGACCAAGCAUCUUGAGGCAUUGAUUGAACUGCACAGUAUGACUAGUGCUUUUGCAAAAAAUGUUCAACGUUUAUUUUCUGAAACUAACCUUCAACUAUUGUUGAGUACUUUAAAGGCUGUUUACUCUCCAUACGAAUCAUUUAAGCAGAGGUGAAUUCUCUUAAUCCAUUUUUUCCGAUUUUUUACAUGGCGUUCGUUGAAGGAGUGCUGAAUGAUGGGUAGUUGAACAUUGAUAUAAGACAUGUUUUGUUGUAGAUAUGGACAAGUGGAGCGUACUAUCUUGUCAUCUGAGAUUUCCAGAAUAGAUCUCCGCGGCGCUGUUCCACGUGGCAUUGGGGCUCAAGGAAUUGAACUCAGUGAAACAGUUAGGAGAAUGGAGGAAUCAGUCCCGCAAGUUAUCAUUCUUCUUGAAGCAGCUGUUGAGAGAUGCAUGAAUUUCACAGGUGGUUCUGAGGCAGACGAGCUUAUCACUGCCCUUGACGAGAUCAUGUUGCAGUAUAUUUCCAUGCUUCAGGAGACACUUAAGUCCCUGAGAUCUGUUUGUGGAAUAGAUAGCAGUGGACAGGGUGAUUCUGGGCCAAGAAAAGAUGGGUCAGAUAAAAGGGACGCAGUAAGGAUAGUGGAUAUGGUAUCUGAAGAGGAGGAAUGGUCCAUUGUGCAAGCAGCAUUGCAGAUUCUCACAGUUUCUGACUGCUUAUCUACCAGAUCCUCGGUCUUUGAAGCUUCUUUGCGAGCUACUCUUGCAAGACUCAGCACAAGUUUUUCCCUUUCAGUAUUCGGCUCAAAUCUAGACAAACUUCACCCAACUAGUAACGAUGAGAGUGUGGAUAGAUCGGUGGCAGCUAGAGCAGCCCUGGAUGCAUCCAUACUGCGCCUUGUAGAUCUUCCUGAGAAAGUGAAGAAGCUUUUAAAUCUCUUAGAACAGGUACUGCGCCGUCCAUUGAAUUUCUUCCUGAGUUUAAUUUAUUCCUGUUAUGGUAUCCCACGAUGCCCAAUUUUUUUCCUGUUGGAGAACAUCUUACCAUCCGCAGCUGACCUGUUUUGCUAUUUCUUGUCUACUUGUUUUCUUGCAGUCGAAAGAUCCACGCUUCCAUGCACUUCCUCUGGCGUCACAGAGAGUAGCUGCAUUUGCGGAUACAGUAAACGAGCUUGUGUAUGACGUCCUCAUGUCGAAAGUAAGGCAGCGUCUCAGUGAGGUCUCUCGGCUGCCCACCUGGUCUUCAGUAGAGGAGCAGAGCGCUCAUCCUCUUCCAACUUUCAGCGCCUACCCACAGGCCUAUGUAACAAGCGUCGGUGAGUACCUUCUCACUUUGCCCCAGCAACUGGAACCGCUGACAGAGGGCAUCUCUACUAGUGAGGCAAACGCUGAAGAGGCUCAGUUCUUCGCCACUGAAUGGAUGUUCAAGGUAAUAGUUAAUUUAGUAUAUAAAAUUUUACUUUUACUUUCCAUAUCGUGUAUGAAUUUCCUUAAAUUGAAGGCAACCCCCUUUGACCAAUAUAGAUUACAAUGCUUUAGAUUGCAGAAUACCGUUCUACGGUUAAUUAUAUUUCCAUCUUAUCUCAGGUGGCAGAGGGGGCAACCGCCCUUUUCAUGGAGCAGCUGCGUGGAAUCCAAUACAUGACUGACCGGGGCGCGCACCAACUAGCAGCGGACAUAGAGUACCUGAGCAACGUUCUGUCUGCUCUUUCGAUGCCCAUCCCUCCGUUCCUGGCCACCUUCCACACCUGCGUUUCUACUCCAAGGGACCAGCUUCCCGAGCUCAUCAAAUCCGACGGCGGAAAUCAGCUCGAUCUCCCCACUGCCCACCUGGUGUGCCGGAUCCGGCGUCUCUCACUAGAUCAGUAA